AAGUGGGGUUCACUUCGGACAGAGGCGGCUCCUCCCGUCGCUUUCUCGCCGGAGGCAACCCUUUGCUACGGCCACAAGAAUGGUCUCAACUACCAGCAACAACAAAGAGAAGAAAAAGAAGGUGAUGGUGAUAUCUGGGCCUACAGGGGCUGGUAAGAGCAGGCUUGCUUUGGAGCUUGCCAAGCGUCUUAAUGGUGAAAUCAUAAGUGCAGAUUCUGUCCAGUUUAGUCUUUCUCUUUAGGUGUUGUUUUUUUGGUAAUCGAUUGAUGAUUCUUUGUGUUCUGAUGAUCAAUUGUAGCAGAAUACAAGAAAUUGUGUCUGGGUUCCUGAGUUUUCAUGCAAAUAGAAUUUUGGAUUACAAAGAGAGAAUUUUUCGUUCCCUAAGGUUUACCGUGGUCUAGAUAUUGGGUCUGCAAAGCCUCCCCUCAGUGACAGAAAGGUACCUGCUUAAGAUAUAUUUACAUGACUAGUGUUAUUCAUUAAUUAUGCAUACGUGUCAGUCCACAGAAGAAGGAAGAUCAAUAUCAAAUCAGAACAUCUUUGGGAAACUUUGAUGCACUUACAGUGGAAAAAUUGUUUGGCUUGAUUAGAAAAGUCAACAAAUUUUAAAAAAUAGUAAUUGAGUGUCAUAGGGGGCUUUUGCAGAUUUAAACAGAUUCAUGUACUUUGAGGGCAUAAUUGUGCAUGGUUUCUAUUGUGAACUUAUGUUGCACGUAUGCUAAAAUUAUUUAUAAAUCUCUUCUUUCAUA